UAAAGGAUUAUAAAUACGGACGAAACGCGGAAACGUUACGAAGCCAAGAAGCGACUUUAAACGCUGGAUUGCUCAGUGGGUCGCAGUGCAAAAAGUGCUCGUUUAUAGUAGCAUACUUUUGUGUGCUAUACUUUUAUUAAAAGUUGAGAUUUUUUUUUUCAAUAAAAGCAUUAAAUAAAGUACCGUUAGUUGAGAGCUCGAAUGAAAUUGUGAAAAUUCUUUUGUGGCCUAUAGUUAGUGAAAUUUCGAUUUCUAAAGUGAUAACAAUGUGCCGGUACUACGACGCGCCUACAAGUGUGCUGCAUUCGCUUAUCAUAACGGUCAUCUUGGUGUUGCAAUGCGUGCAUAACGGUGCAGCGAUAAAAUGCUUUGUGUGCGAUUCCAGCGAUAAUCCCAGUUGUGCGGAUUUAAAAUCUAAUAGCAGCAUUGUGGCAGAGGAAUGUACGCUGGAAAAGAUGAAAUCAUCCGAUACAUGGCUUUUCGAUUUGAAUAGCUUUGCGUACUUCGAUACUGGCAUUCGGGAUGGUCCGCUGAUGAACUGCCAAAAAGUGGUGGCCAGAGAUCCCCACACCAGCAAAAUAGUAACAGCACGAUUCUGUCAAUUGGACACCGCCGAUUCGGAUGCCUGUCAAAUACUGGGCAAGAGGUUGGGUUGGCCACCGGAGUUGGCGCGCAAUGCCAAUGCCAAUAAUAAUGAUAACAAAAACAACAACAAUGCAAAGCGUAAGCUGAAAUAUGGCAAUAACGGUAAUAAUGGCGGCGGCGGCGGCGCAGAUGAAAAUCAAGACGCGGAAUUGCACUGCUCCAUUUGUGAUGCGGACAACUGUAAUGGCAGCCAAAGCGCUCACCAAUGGAGUUCGUGGUGGUGCGUCGGCGUUUUGCCGGCGCUCAUUGCUUGGAUGAUUAGUUUGCGUUACCACAGUGCGUGGUGAGCGCAGCGCGAUUGAUACCCGCCGCUGCCGCUGUUCCGGCUGGACAAGUGGUUGGCUGGGUGCGUCGCUGAGCUGUAGAUGUGGUUCAACAACCGAAUAGCCCACGGCAGCAAUUAAAUAUUUAGGAAAAUAAGAUUACUUAUUAUAAAAAAAAAUAUAUAUAUAUAUUGGUGCAGUCUAAUUUUAAGUACAGCAGCUAAAUGAAUAUCGAUGUUCAAUGGUUUUUUGCCGAAUCGAGUAUUGUGUGCAAAAUUUAAUUGUUACAUUGCUGCACGCAACUAACUGAAUAAAUGCCUUGAGUUUAACAUUUGUGUAUGUAUUUAAGUAGUUGGGUGAUUCAUGCGACGCAAACACAUUCACUGUAAAUAAUCAUUAAAAAUUGUUAUCUGUGUAAAUAAGCGUAAAAAUGCUCGUAUAUUUAUUCAAAUAGUAAUAGCUGAAAAAAUUAAUGAAGCACUGAAUAUCGAUAUGCGAAAAAUUCUUAACAUUGCAUUGAUAAGGCUGCUUUUUGAAGUUUUGCUUUUAAUGAGGCGAAAUAGCUUUCUCUUGUGUUUUUCCUAUACGUUGAAAUUCCACUACACUUUUAUAUGGAAAAAAUAAAACAAAUAUACUCACGCGAAAUAUGUGAAACGGCAUAGAAAAAAUUGCUAAAGUUGAAAAUUGAAAAAUUGCUAAGUGUUUCGAAAAAGAUAAAGGUACUGGUUUUAUUUAUUCUAGUUUACAUAUAUUCAAUAAAAGAAGAAUUUGCUAAGUCCUAAGUGCUAAGAAGCACCGAAAAUCCGA